CGGUGUGUGUGCGGUUCAUCAAAGUCAAAAUCCUAGUUCUCUACACUAAUUCGUCUCGCUCUUAAUCAUGGCAACUCGAAAGGAAUGUGAUGCUUUUGGUGAAGUAGAAGUGCCAGCCAACAUGUACUAUGGGGCGCAAACAGCAGGAGCUCUGCAAAGAUUCAAAAUUGGUGGACCGGAAGAGCGCAUGCCAAUUUGUGUUCUUCAUGCUUUCGCCAUCUUGAAGAAAGCGCUAGCUAUAGUUCACGUCGAUUAUGGUUUAGAUAAGAAGAUUGCUGACGCUAUUUGUCAGGCAGCGGAUGACGUGAUUUCCGGAAAGUUGGACGAUAGUUUUCCUCUCAGUUCCUGGCAAAGCACGACGCAUUGGAAUAUGAAUGUGAACGAGGUCAUUGCCAACAGAGGAAUCGAAAUUCUUGGAGGGGUCAUGGGCUCUAAAACUCCUGUACAUCCCAUCGAUCACGUGAAUAUGGGACAGUCUACCAAUGACACGUACCCAUCCGCCAUGAACAUUGCUGCGGCACUUGAAAUUAACAAUCGUCUUUUGCCGGCUGUUCAAAUGCUACAUGACUCACUAGAUCAGAAAUCCAAGGAGUGGAAGGAUAUCGUAAAAAUCGGUCGCACUCAUACCCAAGAUGCUGUGCCUAUCACAUUAGGACAAGAGUUUUCAGGAUAUGUGACGCAGCUGGAUAAUGCUAUGCAACGCAUUCGGGGAACAUUUGGGCGCCUACAUCAGUUGCCCAUUGGAGGAACUGCUGUUGGAACUGGUUUGAACUCGUUUAGAGGUUGUGGAGAAAAAGUUGCAAAAAAAGUAGCCGAACUUACUGGUCUCCCAUUCACCACAUCUCCGAAUAAGUUCGAAGGGAUAGCUAAUCAUGAUUCUUAUGUGGAACUUCAUGGGGCCCUAAACGCUUUAGCGGCUGCCCUUUACAAAAUUUCUAAUGAUAUCCGCUUUCUGGGCUCUGGGCCAAGAUGUGGCUUGGGAGAACUAACGCUCCCGCAAAACGAGCCCGGAAGUUCCAUCAUGCCCGGCAAAGUAAAUCCUACCCAGUGCGAUGCGAUGACUAUGGUGGCUAUUCAAGUUAUGUCAAACCAGUUUGCUGUCACUCUGGGUGGAGCUGGUGGACAUUUUGAGCUGAACGUCUGUACACCAAUGAUGACUAGAACUACAAUGCAGUCGAUAAGGCUUUUGUCUGACAUAUGCGUAUCAAUCACAAAAAACUGUGUGGAAGGGAUCACCCCCAAUAAGGAAAGGAUUGAUAAGAUCAUGAAAGAAUCUCUCAUGCUGGUCACAGCUCUCAAUCCACAUAUUGGGUACGAUAAAGCAUGUAAGAUCGCAAAGAGUGCAUACAAGAAUGCCUCCAACUUACGAGAAGAAGCCAUAAGGCUAGGCUAUGUAACCGGCGAGCAGUAUGAUCAGUGGGUAAAGCCUGAGAAGAUGUGCGCGCCGAAGUGAUAGACACCUUGCA